AUGAGCCAGGACAGCAAAGUGAAGACAACAGAGUCCAGUCCCCCAGCUCCAACCAAGGCCAGGAAGUCACUUCCUGUCCUGGACCCUUCUGGAGAAUACUAUUAUUGGUGGCUAAACACUAUGGUCUUCCCAGUUAUGUAUAACCUCAUCAUCAUUGUGUGCAGAGCCUGUUUUCCUGACUUGCAGCAUAGCUAUCUUGUGGCCUGGUUAGUGCUGGACUAUAUAAGUGAUCUGCUAUAUCUACUAGACAUUGUGGUACGCUUCCACACAGGAUUCCUGGAACAAGGCAUUCUGGUGGUGAAUAAAGGUCAAAUCUCAAGUCGCUAUGUUCGCUCAUGGAGCUUCAUCUUGGACCUGGCUUCUCUGGUGCCCACUGAUGUGGCCUAUGUGAGGCUGGGCCCACAUACACCUACACUGAGACUGAAUCGCUUUCUGCGUGCUCCCCGCCUCUUUGAGGCCUUUGAUCGCACAGAGACCCGCACGACAUAUCCAAAUGCGUUUCGGAUAGCCAAAUUGAUGCUUUACAUUUUUGUUGUCAUCCACUGGAAUAGCUGCCUCUACUUUGCUCUAUCCCGGUAUUUGGGUUUUGGGCGUGAUGCAUGGGUGUACCCAGACCCUGCACAGCCUGGCUUUGAGCGCCUGCGGCGCCAGUACCUUUAUAGCUUUUACUUCUCCACACUGAUCCUGACCACCGUGGGCGACACACCACUGCCAGACUGUGAGGAGGAGUAUCUCUUUAUGGUGGGUGACUUCCUACUAGCUGUCAUGGGGUUCGCCACCAUCAUGGGUAGCAUGAGCUCUGUCAUCUACAACAUGAACACAGCUGAUGCAGCUUUCUACCCAGACCAUGCUCUUGUGAAGAAAUACAUGAAACUGCAGCAUGUCAACCGUCGACUGGAGCGGAGAGUUAUUGACUGGUACCAGCACCUGCAGAUCAACAAGAAGAUGACCAAUGAAGUAGCCAUCUUACAGCAUUUGCCUGAGAGGUUGCGAGCAGAGGUGGCUGUAUCUGUACAUCUACCUACUUUGAGCCGGGUACAGAUCUUCCAGAACUGUGAGGCCAGCCUGCUGGAGGAGCUGGUGCUAAAGCUACAGCCCCAGACCUAUUCACCAGGUGAAUAUGUCUGCCGCAAAGGGGACAUUGGUCGAGAGAUGUACAUCAUCCGCGAGGGUCAAUUAGCUGUGGUGGCAGAUGAUGGCAUCACACAAUAUGCUGUGCUUGGAGCAGGGCUCUAUUUUGGUGAGAUCAGCAUCAUCAACAUCAAAGGCAAUAUGUCAGGGAACCGUCGCACAGCCAAUAUCAAGAGUCUAGGUUAUUCAGACCUAUUUUGCCUGAGCAAGGAGGACCUGCGGGAAGUGCUGAGUGAGUACCCACAGGCCCAAGCAGUUAUGGAGGAAAAGGGCCGUGAGAUUCUGCUCAAAAUGAACAAACUGGAUGUAAAUGCUGAGGCAGCAGAAAUCGCCUUACAGGAAGCCACAGAAAACCGAUUACAAGGCCUAGAUCAGCAGCUAGAUGAUCUACAGACCAAGUUUGCUCGUCUUCUAGCUGAAUUGGAGUCCAGUGCACUCAAGAUUGCUUAUCGCAUUGAAAAACUAGAGUGGGAAACACGAGAGUGGCCAAUGCCUGAGGAAAUAAUAGAAGCUGAUGAUGAGGAUGAUUCUGGGGAGGGAACUUCUAAGGGUGGAGAGGGCAAAGUUAAUCAGGAAGAUCCCCCAGGUCCAUAA